AUGGGACGAGGCUGGCCGGUUCCUCUUGAGUCUCUCCGCCGCAAUGAGUGGAUGCGAGCAGGGCACGCGGGAACAACGCAAGAGGAGAGAGAGGCCUUGUCUGACAGGCUGAAAUCUCACACGCAGUGA